GUUGGUUAAAAAAAUCAUGUCGAUCAUCAUCUAUAGUCAUGAUUGCAACAUUAUUUCAGUAUUAUCAGAGAGUGCAGAUGUAAUUAAAUUUACGCUGAUAGUGCAAUGUUGAACAUCUUAAUGCAUUCUCAAUCAUUCAGGUAAGAAAAUCGCCAAAAGUUGAUUCUGUUCAUCUGGAUGUAGUGUUUUCAGUGAAUGCAGCACUUUCUGAAUGUAUCGUUCUCCCUCUGAAAAAGCUACGUCCAACUUUUGAGAAUGUUGAACAUCGUUUCAACUGUUGUUUAGUGCGCACUUUUGUCUGUGUCAAAAGCAGAUGUAUAUGAUAUGUUGUAGAGGUGUUAAAAGGUGUUAAAAAAAAUCUGUAUUUCAGUUACCUCUCAUCACUGAAGCUUUGAAUGAAUCUAUAUAUGAAGCAAGAACAUAUUUAGACUGCUCAGUGACUAAAGAGGCAGACUAUCAGGUAACAGCAGAUACAAAAGAUAAAAUAUGCGCUUUACUGUCUUAUGAACUAACUUAUGAAUACUUCAUGUGUUGCAAUGCUUUGAAAAUAAAUGCAAGUGAUGCAUGUGUGCAGAUAGUGAGGCCUUUAACCCACACAAAUUCAAAGUAAAUGAUGCUCAAAUGUGCUCUUCUCAUUAGCCUCUUUUCACCCCUCUGCUGUGGUUCUUUGUUUCACAGUAAAACACGUAUGGGUAUUUUCGAAAGCUGCAUCAUUGUGGCCUUUGGGUGAUGUUCAGUGCUGUUGCUUCCUGUCUUUUUAGUUUGAACAAGUUCUGCAAAAUGACAAUCACUCAGUUCAAUUUGGCUGUUGCAGUAUUCAGCUUCAUCAUGACUGGACACCUGCUGUUUGCCAUCCUCAUGAACAUGUUAUUUCUGACAGUUUCCUCUCAUGAGUAUCAAGUCCAAGCUCUUCUUCCACCAACACUGACAGUGAGCACAGCAGUGAUCUCAGAGACAGACUCAGUCACGUUACACUGUCAGGCACCAGCACCUGCCUCAGUUCAUCACUGUUAUUUUUAUACUGGGGAGCAACAAGGUAACAAAGGCAUCUCAUGUCUGCAGACACUGACAGGAACUGAACUGCUGUUUAUGUCACAUCAGAGAUCACCUGCUGAGGUCAAAGUCAGAUGUUUUUACACAGUGGAGGACGGAUCUGUGAAUUCUCCUUCAGUGCACAGUAACUCAUCCUCCAUCAGCAUACAAAGUCAAAAACCAGAGAUGAGUGUUCAGCAUUUUGAUGGGGAAUCUGUUCUCAUCACUUGCUCUCUGCCUGGAUCUGUGAAACAUGAUACAAGAUGUAAUCUGUACUUUGGAGAAGCAAGUCAUCCAGUCCUGAAUCUAACUGUCUCAAAGGAAAGCAGCAGAAAAACCAAACAGAGGUUCUGCCAGUUUUAUGUCUCAGUUGCUGAUUUUUUGAGGCAUUUACAUUUUGUUCAGCAAAAAGAUGCCAGCUGUGAUUACAGUUUGGAAAAUGAACCCAACUCUUUGUCACCUCGCAGUGAUCGAUACAGCUUGAAAGAUAUUGUGGAAAAAGAACCACCAGUGACUGUCAUGAAAUCAUCAUUUUCCGCGACCGCAGACAUUAUGGAAAGAGAAUCAACAAUGAUCGACACAAAACCAUCAUCUACUCUAACCGUGGUAACUACUACUAAUCUAAACCAUGCAACUAAUAUGACCUCUGCAACCACAAAAGCUGAGGACAUGACAUCAGGAAGGAGUAACACAGUAGAUCACACAUUUGAAAAACCUGUAAAUAAAACAAACACUGGAGAAUCAAGUCCCAGCACACCCAGUGCUUCCACUUUUACCACUUCUGGGACCUCACCAUCAGGAACGUGGACACUGACUGUUGUGUUAGUCGUCGUUGGUUUCGGUGUAACUGUGGGCGUCAUUUUACUGGUGCUGAUGAUUCUUAGAUCUAAAAGAAGAAAUGACAGAUAUUCUCCAAAGAGGUUUAAAGCCAAAACCACAGAUGACUUUGUAUGCAUGACAAAUACUGACCAUGGAGGAAUGCCACUUGUAAGUAAUGAUGGAGCCUACAGUGUGAUCACUUCAGUGGCUGCUGUCAGAUGUACUACUGGUGCAGAGAAACUGAACAGAGAAGAGUUUAAACAUGACGAGUCUGAUGUUUAUCAUGUAUACGCCACCAUCUCUGGGGAACGAGCCACACCAGUCCCACAGGAUAUGACGUACAGCAUGCUGCAGGCACACUGAAACAUUUAAACCUUUCAUACUGUGCUCUAGC